AUGGUUGUUACCCCCACUUUUGUGGCUGACAUUACCACUAGGCACGACCACGUUACUACUACUCCUCCGACUUUGACCACCAUCUCAAGCACUCCAACACCUCCACCUCCAGGUAACUUUGUCAAGGCUUUCCAUGCCCAUGAUACCCGAGAUACAGGUUGGAUUAUUGAUUCAGGAGCUACUGACCAUAUGACUUAUAAUUCUGCUUUAUUCUCUACUACUCUUCCGCCUCAUCGUGAUCAUGUUCUGACUGCUAAUAAUGUUGCUGCUCCUGUCACGGGGGCUGGUUCUAUACUCUUGACACAUGCUUUACCAUUGGACAAAGUGUUACUGACUUGGGAGAUCUUUGGUCGUGGUACUAAAAAGGGGGGGCUUUAUUAUGUGGAUGAUGUGGCAACUAGUCGGGUUCUUCGUGCUGGUAGCGCUGAAACUUCUCAGCAUCUUCGGAUUUGGUUGCUACAUUAUCGAUUUGGUCAUGCCUCAUUUGGAUAUUUAUGGCAUUUGUUUCCUGCAUUAUUUAGUGGUGUCAACCAGUCUGCUUUCCAAUGUCAAACUUGUAUUUUAGCUAAGAGUCAUCGGGUAUCCUACCCUCCAAGUUGUAAUAAACGGCUUAUGCCAUUUGAUUUAGUUCAUUCUGAUGUUUGGGGACCUUCCCCGGUUUCUACAGCCUUGGGAGUUCGUUGGUUUGUGUUAUUUGUGGAUGAUUGCACUCGUAUGAUGUGGUUAUGUGGGAUGAAAAAUAAAAGUGAUGUGGUUGAAAUUUUUCAGCGUUUCUAUCAGAUGAUUCAGACUCAAUUUAGGCUCCCUAUCAAGGUUUUUCGAUCUGAUAAUGGUGGAGAAUUUAUUAAUUCGGCGUUAUCCCAUUUUUUUCACACUAAGGGUGUGUUCCAUGAAACUACUUGCCCUCAAACACCACAACAUAAUGGGGUUGCUGAACGUAAAAAUGGGCAGAUCCUUGCUGCUACCCUUGCUCUGCAGCUUGGUGCAUCAGUUCCAAAGCGGUUCUGGAUGGAUGCUGUUACCUAUGCAGUCUAUCUCUUGAAUCUUCUACCUUCACGAGUUUUGGAUUUCCAAACUCCUAUAAUCAGAGGAGUAAGCUGGACCCAUGUGCUCUUCGAUGUGUCUUUAUGGGUUUCUCUCCUCAUCAGAAAGGCUACCGAUGCUAUCAUCCUGCAACCCGACGGGGAGACUAGUAGUGAAGGACAUAACUGGCUAGAUUUACAAGGGGGAGUAGUAUUGGAUAGUUUGAUACAAAGGAAAGAACCGACCGAACCUGCUGAACCUGCUAGACUGCCUGAACCUGCUACACUAACUGAACCUGCUAUUUUAACUGAUGUCACUAUUGUCACUAAACAGAUUGCCCCCUAUGAAGCUUCUCUAAUAGUACUCGAUCAAGCUCCCCUGGAUAUUCCUGAGGUAAGUACUUCUAUUCAUACUUCGGAUAAUUCUUAUGUUUUACCGCCUAGACAAAACCGUGGGGUUCCACCUGAUCGUUACUCACCAAAAGGCAAAGCGAGAUAUGCUAUUGCCCAUUAUGUGUCUGAUCAUAGGUUAUCUCCUGAGUGCAAAGCGUUUGUGACCAGAAUGGAUAAUAUUAAAAUUCCAACCCGUGUUGAGGAGGCAUUUAAUUACCCAAAAUGGGUGUUUACCGUUAAAUAUAAUGAAGAUGGUACUAUGGAGAGGUACAAGGCAAGAUUAGUAGCUAAAGGGUUCACUCAAACAUAUGGAGUUUAUUAUCAUGAUACUUUUGCUCAUGUGGCUAAGAUGAAUACUGUCAUAGUUUUGUUGUCCUUAGCAGUAAACUUGGAUUGGACCAUGAGGCAAUUUGAUGUAAAAAAUGCAUUCUUACAUGGUGAACUAGAAGAAGAAGUGUACAUGAGUCUUCCACCAGGGUAUAGGGUUACCGGUGAAACGGGGAACGUGUGCAAAUUGAAAAAGGCGUUGUAUGGGUUAAAUCAGUCUCCUCGGGCAUGGUUUGGCAGAUUUACCACAGCUAUGAAAAAGUUUGGUUACCGACAAGCCAAUACUGAUCAUACUCUAUUCAUUAAACAUAAGGCUGGUAAGGUGACUUUGUUGAUUAUUUCUGUUGAUGAUAUGAUUGUGACUGGUGAUGAUACUGUAGAAAUCGAGGAACUGCAUAAACGUUUAGCAUCUGAAUUUGAGAUGAAAGAUUUAGGCAUUCUGAAAUAUUUUCUAGGAGUGGAAGUCACUCGAUCUAAACAUGGCUUAUUUCUUUCACAAAGGAAGUAUGUCAUGGACCUGCUAGCAGAUACUAGAAUGCUUGACUGUAAACCAGCUGAUACACCUAUUGUUGAGAAUCAUAAACUUGGUGUUUAUGAUCAUAUGGCUGCUGUGAUGCAUAUUCUGAGUUACUUAAAGUCUACUCCUGGGAGAGGUUUAUUAUUUAAGCAAAAUGGUCAUUUGGAUCUAGAAGGUUACACUAACGCAGAUUAUGCAGGGAAUAUUACAGAUAGACGUUCUACAUCAGGUUACUUCACCUUUGUUGGUGGUAACCUAGUUACGUGGCGUAGCAAGAAGCAAAACGUUGUGUCUCGGUCCUCCGCAAAGUCUGAGUACAGAGGGAUUGCCCAAGGAGUUUGUGAAAUACUAUGGUUGAGGUGGUUACUUGCUGAAAUUGGCUUUAGACCGAAUGCUGCUACAAAGCUCCACUGUGAUAAUCAAUCUGCAUUUGAAAUUGCUAACAAUCCGGUGCAACAUGAUCAAACUAAGCAUGUAAAAGUUGAUCGGCAUUUCAUUAAGGAGAAGCUAGAGCAUAAGUUAAUUUCUAUACCUUUUGUGCCUUCUUCAGAGCAGCUUGCAAAUAUGUUGACCUAUGUCGUGUCAAAGCGCCGAUUUGAAGACUCACUUGACAAGUUGGCAAUUACCGAUAUCUAUGCACCAACUUGA